UUUGUUAUUGUUGGCCCGAGUUGCUUGCGUGUAACGAAACCCAGAGAACAGAGAAAUACCAUACCACCGUCGUGUACGAUUGCCGGAAUCGGUGGAAUUCGAUUAAAAACGAAUCUUUAUCAAAAUGCCGAACGCGUGUGUUUGACGUAAUAGUAAUACUUUUGCCGCCUUCGGAUUAAAUUUAAUUUUUUUAAUGUGAGUGCGCGUGAAGAGAGGAAAUCGAAUAAUAAAAAUAAAAGGAAAACUGCAGCGAGCGGAAAAGAGCGUGGAAAAUACGCGGACUACCUGUUGAGCCAAAGAUCUCUGCGGACUUGUUGUUUUUUUUAUGUUGGCCGAAGGUCGCGGUUUGAAAAACCCCUCCCCCUUUUGCCGUGCCCGGUGCACGUGCAUUUAAAAGUAAAAAAAAUAAAUAAAAUAUUUGUAAAAGUUAUAAAAAUAACAAAAGAUAACACACAAAUCAUGGAAGAGUUCCCGUCCCGCUCCACACUGUCUCUCUCCCUGAAAAUAAAUCUUCUGAUUCUGAUAUUCCUACAAUGCGUGAUCAAUAUCAUCGGCUUUAAUUUGGAGCAGCGAUUACCGAUCGUGAAGUACGGACAUCCACACUCGCACUUCGGCUACUCGGUGGCCACCCACACAAUUGGCGAGGUCAAUGGGCCCAACAAAACUAAUUGUGUCUUAGUGGGAGCCCCACUGGAUCAAAAUCGACAGCCGAACACUUCACAUUCUGGCGCCCUUUGGCGGUGUCCGAUGACCCAGAGUUUCGAUGACUGCGAACAAGUGAUCACCGAUGGCAGACGAUCGAACGGAGCAUAUGAGAUUAAUAAGACUUUUGAUAGCGAAAUUCUUUCACCGCCCGGCAACGACGAAAUCAAGGAGGAUCAAUGGAUGGGCGUUACGGUGCGAUCGAAUCCCCUGCAAGCCAACGGAUCCGGCGGAAAGGUGAUCGUCUGCGCCCAUCGCUAUAUGUACAUCGUUAGGGAGAAUCGUUAUGGCCAGGGUCUCUGCUAUCUACUUACAAACGAUCUGCAAUUCGAGGAGGUCCACGAACCCUGCAAAGGACGUCCAGUGCAAAGACAACACGAGGACUACGGACUGUGCCAGGCGGGAACAUCCGCUGCUCUCCUGGACGAUGAUACCAUGGUGUUGGGCUCCCCCGGACCCUACACUUGGCGCGGGUCCAUCUGGGUGACCCAGGUUGGUGGGGAGUACCUGCAGCGCGACAAGACGACCUACUACAGUGAUCACUCGGACAACAGCUCGCCGGUGGACAAGUACAGCUACCUGGGCAUGUCCGUUACGGGGGGCCGAUUCUUCGGACAAAUGUCGUAUGCGGCCGGAGCUCCACGUUCGCAGGGCCACGGUCAGGUGGUGAUCUUCGACAAGUCCACCGACAAUCCGAUUCCGGUGCACUCGAUCCUGGACGGCGAGCAGUUCGGAUCGAGUUUUGGCUACGAACUGGCCACCGCCGAUGUGAACGGCGACCAUCGACCGGACUUGAUAGUGGCCGCUCCGCUUUACUUCACCAAAACGGAGGGUGGAGCUGUGUACGUUUAUCAGAAUGACAAGGACACUUUGCCCCGGAAGUAUACACUGAAGCUGACGGGGACGCUAGAGAGUCGUUUCGGCCUGGCCCUCGCGAAUAUCGGGGAUCUGAACAAGGACAACUGCGAGGAUCUGGCGGUGGGAGCUCCGUACGAGGGCAACGGCGUGGUCUACAUCUACUUGGGAUCGGAGCAGGGACUGAAUGCCAAGCCGGCGCAGAAGAUAAUGGCCUCGGAGCUGGGGGGCAUCACGCCCACUGGCCAACCGGCCAUCCGCACCUUCGGCAUAUCGAUAUCGGGCAACACGGAUCUGGACGACAACUCCUAUCCGGAUGUGGUUAUCGGGGCGUUCAACUCCUCGGCCGCGGUCAUCCUGCUGGCCAGGCCCAUCAUCAGCAUCCAGACGAAGGUGCAGCGCGACGAGCUGCGCAACAUGGACCCCAAUCAGCCGGGCUGUGCCGCCGAUCCGGCCAGCAAUCUGACCUGCUUCACCUUCGAGGCCUGCUGCAGCAUCGAUCCGUACGACGAGAAGAGCAAGGAGCUCCGGCUGGCCUACAACGUCGAGGCGGAGACCUUCGAUCACCUGAAGAAGUUCUCGCGGGUCUUCUUCGAUCGGGACAACAAGCGGAGCAAUGUGCUCAGUCGGGUGGUGAGGGUGCAAACCAAUGGCCGGAUGGCCUGCCAGUCGGUCACGGGUUACAUCAAGGCCAAUACCCGGGACAUCCAGACUCCGGUGCGUUUUCGAUUAAAGUACUCGCUGGAGGAGCCGCCACUGGCCAAGUCCGCUCUGGUGCGACUCAAUCCGAUACUGGACCAGACCCAGGCGCACAUCGACUUCGAGGGCACCUUCCAGAAGGACUGCGGCGAUGACGAUCUCUGCGAGAGCAAUCUGGUCAUCCGGGCGGAGCCGAACAUCACACAGUCCUCAGGCAAAGAUUAUACCUUGAUCCUGGAUGAAACGGAACUGGAGGUUCGCAUCUAUGUCAGCAAUCUGGCGGAUUCCGCUUACGAAGCUCAACUGUUCAUCGCCCAUCAAGCGGGAGUCUCCUAUGUGGCCACCAAGAAGCCGACGAAUGCCACAUGCAACAGCUAUAACACUACCUUGGUGGCCUGCAGUCUGGGUAAUCCCAUGCUGCGUGACACCACCACGUUUGUGACCAUUCGGUUCCAGCCUAAAGGAUUGGAGCCGAGUGAGAAGUCCAUGCUGUUCCACAUCUUUGCCAAUACCACCUCCAAGCUGGUGGGUCGCGAGCGUCCCGAACGUGAUCUUCUGGUGAAUGUGGUGCGUCGGGCGAAGCUUCACUUCCGCGGCUGGGCCAUUCCGGAGCAGAGUUUCUACAGUGGAUCGAGUGCGACGACGGGUGUGGCCACCACCAGCACCACCACUGGCAUCUCGGAUGCCGAGCUACACGGACCGAUGGGAAUGGACGAUGUGGGAUCGCAGGUGCAUCACAGUUUCACCAUCUUCAACGAGGGACCCUCGACGGCGCCCAAAGUCCAGAUGGUCAUCUACUGGCCCUGGUCACUGUACAGUGAUCCCCAGAGCGGUCGAAAUGUCCAGUACCUACUCUAUCUGGAGCAAAUACCCACGGUGGAGGCCAGUCAGGGUGAGUGCCAUGUGGCGCCCGAGUUUGUCAACCCCCUGAAAUUGGCCAGUGGCUCGAGGGACAACACGGGCUACUUGAGGGCCCCGGCCCAAAUGAGAAUGUUCCCCUCCCAGUCGCGUCAUUCGUACAACAAGAGUGCCAUCCACUCGCAGAGGACCUACUACUCCAGCAGCGAUCGGGAGGACAUGACAGAUGGCAACCGGGCCAACUCGCAUCCCAUCCAGAACCGGGUGCGUCGCAGCUUCCUGGAACGAGUCACCCGGCUGGAGCGAUUGAUGUACGAUCCGGAGAGCGGCAAUGCACAGGGAGCGAAUGGCAAGAAGCAGGACAUUGUGGAGCUGGACUGCAACAAGGGCUCGACGAACUGCGUUCGCAUCGAGUGCGAAAUCUUCAAUAUGCCCGCCUCAUCCGAGGCCCAAGUGGUGGUCAAGGCCCGCCUGUGGAACUCCACGCUGGUCAGCGAGUAUCCCAGGGUCGAACGGGUCAGGAUCUUUUCGACGGCGACGGCCCAAAUUCCCGAUAGCUAUGGAGUCGAGGUGAUGGAGCAGAACAACAUAGAGGUGGAGACGCGGGCCUAUCCGGAACUGAGGAACCAGCAGCGCGACACAUCGAUACCCUGGCUGAUCAUCAUCCUGGGUAUUGUGGGCGGACUGCUACUGCUGGCGCUAUUCACCUACUUGCUGUGGAAGUGCGGCUUCUUCAAGCGCAUCCGACCCACCGAUCCCACGCUCAGCGGCAAUCUGGAGAAGAUGAACGAGGAGAAGCCCUUCCUGGCGCCAGCGAAGAAUUCGCAUCACGUUUUCUAACAAGAGGGUACCGUCGGCUGGGAUCUGGUGCGCCGUCGGAGGCGUCGACGUCGUCUAGCACUGCGACUUCCGGUUCCGGUUCCGUCACAGCCACGUCAUGGCUGGCGAAAAACUGCGAACAACAAUAAUAGCCACCAUCAUAUUAACAACAACAAAGACAGUGAUGUGGACGUACUUUCGCUAACGCCGCCGCCACCGCCGCUCAGCAUCCUCGGCUGGGGACACGAUGGAUACUACCAGGCCAGCGCCGCCUGGUGGGGUCACCACAUGUGAUCGGAUCGGAUCGGAUCGGAUCGAAUCGGAGUCACCAGGGAGGUCAUGUGGGUUGUGGUUCAAUGUGCCAUUUCGUUUACUUAAUGCAACAGGCUAAGUUCAGUUCAGUGGAUGCGACCAGAUGGAAUUGGUGGCCGGAAAGUCCAGUCACUGACAUCAGCCAAGGAUAUCGGUUAAUAUAUUGAAAUAUUCGAAAACAAAGUAGCAAUAUGGUGUUUUUUUUCAACACAGAAUAAUAUUAUAUAAGCUUUCAAAAUCGAUUACUGUUGCUUUGAAGUAAGGUUUACCCCUAAAUACUACUCAAUGGUGCUUUUAUAAUGUUUAUUGGUAAAUUGUAUCGUUAUCAUUCAAGAGUUAUGUAAAAUAAACUACCGAUAUAUUUAGCUGAUGUCAGUACUGAGCUUUAGUCUAAGGAUUAGCUAAGCACCCAAACAUUGAUAAUGUGUGUAAAAAUGUUCAUUGUCGUAUUUAGAUUUUAGCCUAAGUUAGGCUAAGCUAAAGAGAGCGAAUAUAGCAUACAAAAAAAAAACACUGCCUAUAUAACAACAAAUCAAAAGUGCCUCGUAAUCGAACCUUAAUUCCAAUUCACUGGACACGUCUAAUAAAAAACGAAAGUAUUAGCACAAACUUAAUGCAUAGCUAUUAAAAAAUUCACGAGCGACAGAAUUUAGCACACACACCGGCAGAGCUUAUCUUUGUUUUGUUUAGUUUUCCACUUUUUCGGUCUAAGUUAAGAUGAGAGUUUUUUUUUUUAAAUUAUGGAACACACCACAAAUUUUAGUUUUUGUAUGUAUGUAUGUGUGGUGUCGAGACAUAGUUAAAUUAGUUGUAAAUAAAAAUUCGAUAGUACUAGAUGUAAAUAGUAAUUAUGUUUCAUUAUUUAAUAUACGAUUCCUUUUUUUUAAGAAA